AGCUUCAUUUGAUUUGAGAAUGCGUUCUCCAGCUUCAUACACCUGCAAAAGGUGUCUGAACGCACUCAAAACUGUUUUCAAGGUGCGACAACAGCCAAUUCCGACAAGACAACCUGCACCAGGAAGAAGAAGCAUAUCGACUGCACCAGACAAGAGCUCUAGGAUUUCUAGCAAUGUGCGGACAAAGCAACAAGAACUUCAGAGGCCAUUGAUCAGACGGAGUGUGUCUUUCUUGGGUCAGCAAGGAGAAACCGUUAAGAAUGAACCACCAGAAUACCGAAGUCCUGGGGGUUUAGCAUCAACUACAGUUCUAGAGACUGAAGGACGACCUCUUCUCCUUCCAAACAACCUCUUUCAUCCGUUCUCAAGCUCACCAUCACCGGAGAUAAGACGAAGAGCUGCAUUCAUCAAGCAAAAUGCCCACUGCCCCCACCCCGACCAUCAUCAAACCCGAUUACCUACAAAUCCAGACGACCCUGAAGCACGAAAGUCUGUGCAAGGAAAAUUGCCGCCCGUGCACGUCAAAUUUGAAUGCCCUGAUUGUGGAAUACCAGUGUCAUGUUCUGAAGAGCAUUGGGCGGAUGACUAUGAGGCACAUUUGGAAAUAUGCGAUACACUCCGAGAGAUCAAUGAGGAUGACCAUGAUUUACGGUCAGGCCGCUUUUUCCCUGAAUUUGAGUACCCAGGUGAUCAAAUUGAGGAAGCCAUGGUCAAUAUGACAAAUUGGGACACCUUCUUAUUCUCCAGAGAAUUCCGGGCAAUCAACGAUGAACGGAGUCUGCGUCAAGCAACAAGACUUUUGACCUACCCAGUAACUAUCGGGAGUGUUUUGCACGAAUUAAGCCCGUACAGCAUUAAGAAAGGUGGACGGUUGACUGUGGAGGGCCUGAAGAGUUUGAGUGCUUUGCGAUAUUCCCUUCACCCACCCAAGUCUGGCGGUGGAGCUGAUAUCAAGGGACUCAGGCCAACCCCACCUCCUAUGAGAAUAUUCAUUCUUGGGGCCCGAGCUGAAUCAUCCCUUCCAAGAGAGGUUUGGGUGCAGCUGACUCACUUGUUCCCAAGAGUUGCUUUCCAUCUGAUAUUCAUUGGUCCCGAGAGUAUGGCGAAUAGAGAUUCUGAGUUCCCACUUCCAGCGCGGACACCAGAAAACCCGUUCGGAGCCAUAGUGGAAGAUCGUUUAACCAAUUCUUUGAAGAUCAGCACUUUCGUCGAGUAUUAUCAUACGCUGCAUAAGGCCGGCCACUUCUACCCAUACGAUCCUUACUUUGACUGCUUCAUGCUCUUUCAUCCAGGACUUGGACAUCCUGCCAGCUCACAUGAAUGGGAGGAGACGAUUCCACAAUUACUUGAGACGAAAGUCCCUAUCCUUGUCACAGGAUACACUCAAUAUGAUAUGGAGAGAGAUAUAGAUUGGGUGAAGAAGACAGUUGGUGGAGAAAUGGACCUUCUGAUGGAGCCAGGAGAGAACCGUUUCCGAAGCCUCAGGUGGGAUUUAAAUGACUUGGAUCCUCAAGACAUUAGCUGCGGAAAUUGGGGAAUAUGGGGGUUUAGAGGCAAGAGAUAUGAAACCAUAAGAAAGGAUGCUGAGUGACGAAAGCCUUCUUUGUUGGGUAUGAGAUCUAAUGUAUGAAGUGUCAGACAAAAUCUGACCAUGCGACUCUUCCGUCUCCCUUCCACAUGUUAAUAGUUGUAUGAUUGUAUGAUAGACUUCUAGUCACAGCACUGGGUUUAGACCCAGUGCAUAUAUCAGAGCUAGUCAUCCACUCUGAAGAGUAUCCCAUUGCCUAGCCACUGUGAACGCAAGCAAUCGAU